AUGGAGAUGACGCCGCUCCUGCUGUUGCUGGGGCUGGGACUUUUUGGUGUGGCACGAGGCCAGUGCGUGCCUGUGUCGGGCCUGUCGUUCUGCUCCGGCGUCAACUACUCGGUCAAUGCGUCGUCCUUCGCCAACCCCGGCAGCACACCGCAGGAGCAGGACAAGCUCGUGCAGGCCUGGUACGCCAAGAACGCGCCCGACCAGCUCCAGACCAAGGACUGCCUCGACGCGUGGAAGGCUUACCUGUGCUCCUUCUACUUCCCCAAGGACUUCAUGGCAACGUGCUACGGCGGCAAUCUCUUCGUCAAUGACACCGACAGCUCCUCCCUCUGCACGCCCUACACCCUGCCCUACACACGGCCCGCCGCCGUCAUGGUUGCUGCUGACGCCAUCACGAAGACCACACCACCUGACGACGCCCCCGAGGUCGCGCCGCCGCUCUACCAGUGCCAGCUGGUACCGGAGGCCUACGCCUCGUUCUGCAAGCCCACCUGGCCCGUGGCCAGCGCGCCGACCAACUUCGUCGACGUGUGGACGCGGAUGGACAACGUGACCCAGCUGCGGUGGAGCACGUUCGCCUCUGGUGGGGUCACGGACGCCUGCAAGGACUCGCUGCGCCUCUACUUCUGCGCCGAGUACUUUGCGCCAUGCAACGGCCCGUUCUCGGUGUCCAACCCGCUCACCGAGGUGCUGCUGCCCCUCUGCGCGCGGCUCCAGAACGACUGUCCCGCGGGCAUGGUCCGCAAGGUGUGCAGCUUCAACCCCUACGCUCCGCCUGACCCACGCGAGUGUCUAGCCAGCCCCUCGUUUCCUGUCUGA